UCAAUUUGUUCAUCAAUAAAUGUCAUAUUUUGUCAUUUUUGUUAGCAAUGUCCAUCGCCACAAUGUUGUUUCUCCUUCUGAUAUCAUCAGCAGCAAAAGCUCAAAUAAGAUCACCCAACAUCACAUUAGGCUCUUCCCUCGCACCCACCUCCAACUCCUACUGGACUUCCCCCUCCGGAGUCUACGCCUUCGGAUUCUUCCCUCAUCGUGUCAACAGCUACAGCAUCGGCAUCUUUCUUCCCGACAAAACCGUCGUCUGGACUGCUAAUAGGGACAGCGAUCCAACCGUCCCUAACGACGUCGUCUCCCUGCUACUAUCUACCGAUGGCAGGCUAAUCCUGCGCCGGAGGCAAGGCCAAGACGUAGACGUCAUCAGCCCCUCUGCAGCCAUCGCAUCAGCGUCAAUGCUCGACAGCGGCAACUUUGUAGUCUUCGAUUCUGAUUCAAGAAUAAUCUGGCAGAGCUUCGACAACCCAACCAACACCCUCCUACCCGGCCAGCGCCUCCAGCCAGGGAAAGAGCUCUUCUCCAGCGCCUCAGAGACCGACUACGGGAAAGGGAUUUUCAGGCUGAAGAUGCAGACAGAUGGACACCUCGUGCAGUAUCCUAUCAACACGCCCGACACAGGGACUUACUCUUACUAUGCAUCAGGAACAGCCGGAGCAGGUAGUAACGUCUCUCUCAACCUCGACAGCAAUGGCAGACUUUAUCUGCUCAACGAUAGCUUGCCUCUGAAAAAUAUAUCCAAUCGUGGAUUCCCUACACAGGGAUACAUCAAUCUCAUGAGGCUCGACGUCGGAGGAAUCUUCCGCAUCUACUCUUUCUCUCUGGUUAAUCUAACCAUGACCAGGAGAUGGUCCUCCACCGACGACGAGUGUGUUCCCAAAGGUUUCUGCAGUGUCAACUCCUUCUGCAUUCUGAUAGAUAGUGCGCCAGAAUGUCAGUGUCUUCCAGGUUUCGCCUCUGUUCAGUCCGGCAACAACACAGCGGGCUGUUCAAGAACCUUCCCGGCGCAUGGCUGCACCAAAACUGAUAAUAGAUUGAAGUAUGAUAUGAGAGCAGUCGAAAACACCGAAUGGGAGGAUAACUCGUACGAGAUUUUGGAUAAGAUGACAAGUGAAGAAGAGUGCAGCAAAGCAUGCCUGGAUGACUGCAACUGCGAAGCAGCCUUCUUUAAAGACGGCCAAUGCAAAAAACAGAGGCUUCCAUUAAGAUUCGGGAGAAGGUAUCUGGAAAACUCAAACAUGGCUCUCAUUCGCUUCAGUACAACCAUGGAGCCCGACAUUGGAGGCGAUUCCAACCGCAAAAGAAUCAACAAGAAAGAGCGGUGUAUAAACAUUCUCAUCAUAGGUAUUGCGCUUAUGUCUAUAGGCGUCUUAGCAUUGUCAAUUUCUGGGAUCUUAUUUCACAAGAAGCGGAAGGACUACAACAAGAUCAAUAAGGACGACGGAGCUAACUUUGUGGAGGGAAUAUCGUUGCAAGCGUUCACAUUCGAGCAUCUUUCCAUAGCAACAGACGGCUUCAAGGAAGAGCUCGGGAGAGGAGCUUCCGGCACAGUGUUCAAGGGGGUUCUGCAGAAUGGCCAGAAAAUGGUGGCAGUGAAGAGGUUGGAGAAGGAAAUUGAACAAGGAGAGAUAGAGUUCCAGACAGAGCUGAAUACGAUCGGGAAGAUGUAUCACCGGAACCUAGUCCGGCUCCUUGGCUAUUGCUUCGAUGGAGACAACAAAUUGCUGGUGUUUGAGUAUAUGAGCAACGGAACCCUCGCAGACAUACUUUUCAAUCAAGAGAAACGGCUUAGCUGGGAGGAACGGAUGAAGAUUGCUCGAGAUAUAUCGAGGGGGAUACUGUAUCUACACCAAGAGUGUGAGACGCAAAUCAUUCAUUGCGAUAUAAAACCUCAGAACAUACUCAUGGACAAUAACUGGCGUGCCAAGAUAUCGGAUUUCGGGGUAGCAAAGCUCCUGAAGCAAGAUCAGAGUAAUACGUAUACUGGGAUAAGAGGGACUAAGGGCUAUGUAGCGCCGGAGUGGUAUCAGAAGCAGGCGAUCACGGUGAAAGCGGAUGUUUAUAGCUUCGGAGUGAUGCUGCUGGAGAUCAUAUGUUGUAGGAAGUGUGUUGAUUGGAGUAGGAGUGAGGAUGAGGCCAUUCUCGAGGAUUGGGUUUACGACUGUUAUUCCUCAAGGGAGAUUGGAUAUCUCGUGGGGGAUGAAAUGGUGGAGGAGAAGAAAGUGGAGAGGAUGGUGAAGAUAGGGAUAUGGUGUGUGCAGUAUGAUCCGUCGCUGCGUCCAACAAUGAAGAGAGUUCUGCUAAUGUUGGAGGGAACUGUGGAGAUUCCCAUACCUCCAAGACCUUCUUCCUUCUCAAGUUCCCCCUAGCUUGAUUUACCACACAAGUGUGCUCUAAUGUUUUUUUUCUCUUUUUCUUUCUAAGAAUGUCCUGUAUCUAGCUGGUCUAAAUCUGUAUCAUAUUCCAAAUCAAAUCAUUUCUCUACAAACUAAUACUAUCAUAAUUCAGCAAAC